AUCAUCACACGUCGCAUGUGAGAGAGAGAAGGACGAAAAUUUCGAUAUCUCUCCAGGGCCAUCCAUCCAUCUCUCUCUCUCUCUCUCUCUCUUCUUUGCUGCAGAGGAAAUGGCUGCUCCUUUGUCUUCCUGGCCCUGGGCGAGCUUGGGAAUCUACAAGUAUGUGUUAUGUGGACCUCUUGUCGCCAUCGCUGCCCGCGAAUGGAGGGAUGGGAGAGCAGGCGGGUGGUGGCUGCAUCUUCUGCUACUCUUCGUCCUCAGAAGCCUCACGUACCAGCUAUGGUACUCCUUCGCCAACAUGCUCUUCCUCACCCGGACGCGUCGGGUGAUCAAAGACGGCGUCGAGUUCAAGCAGAUCGACAGUGAGUGGGACUGGGAUAACUUCCUCAUCCUCCAAGCUCUCCUCGGAUCCGUCGUCUUGUGUCGUGCUCCAUCCUUCGAAGACCUCCCUCUUCUGCAGCUCAAGGGGUGCGUCAUCGCUCUGGUCCUCCAUGUGGGGGUCUCCGAGCCUUUGUUCUAUAUGGCGCACAGGUGCUUCCACAGAGGCUACCUCUUCACCCACUACCACUCCAUCCACCACUCCUCGCCGGUGCCUCAGCCCAUUACAGCCGGGUUUGGCACGCUAUUGGAGAACCUCGUCCUGAGUGCGGCGAUGGCGGCGCCGCUGCUUGGGCCGUUCGCCACGGGGCAUGGCUCCGCGAGCUUGGCGUAUGGCUACGUCCUCGUCUUCGACUUCCUGCGGUGCAUGGGAUACAGCAACGUGGAGGUGUUGCCUUCCAGGCUCUUCGAGGCCCUACCCGCCCUCAGAUACCUUCUCUACUCCCCUACGUAUCUGAGUCUCCACCACAAGGAGAAGAACUGCAACUUCUGCCUUUUCAUGCCUCUGUUUGAUUUCCUGGGGAAGACAGCAAACAACAAGUCAUGGGACUUGCAGAAGGAGAUCAGCUCAGGGAAGAAGGACCGAGCACCUGACUUUGUCUUCCUCGCGCACGUAAUCGAUGUCUUCUCUUCCAUGCACGUACCCUUCGUGUUCCGAUCCCUCUCCUCGAUGCCCUUCAUCAACUACAUCUUUUUGCCGGUGUUUUGGCCGAUCGCGUUCCUGUUUAUGCUCUUCCAGUGGGCGUUCUCCAAGACCUUCUUGCUCUCAUUCUACACCCUAAGAGGUCGUCUGCACCAGACAUGGAUAGUCCCCAGAUACGGGUUUCAGUACUUCUUGCCAUUCGCCAGAGAGGGCAUCAAUGAUCAGAUCGAGCUCGCAAUACUGAGAGCUGACAAGCUGGGCGUGAAGGUCCUCAGUCUUGCAGCAUUGAACAAGAACGAAUCACUUAAUGGUGGUGGCACGUUGUUCAUUAGCAAGCAUCCUGAUCUGAGAGUUCGAGUUGUCCAUGGCAACACCCUGACGGCAGCCAUCAUCCUCAACGAGAUCCCCAUGGAUGUGAAAGAGGUGUUCUUGACAGGGGCUACAUCGAAGCUGGGAAGAGCCAUUGCGCUCUAUCUCUGCAGGAAGAACAUCCGAGUCCUGAUGCUGACUCUAUCGACUGAGAGGUUUGUCAAGAUCCAGAAGGAGGUCCCAGCAGACUACCAGCACCAUCUGGUUCAAGUCACCAAGUAUCAAGCGGCACAAAAUUGCAAGACAUGGAUCGUUGGGAAGUGGCUGUUGCUGAGGGAGCAGCGGUGGGCACCGCCCGGCACACACUUCCACCAGUUCGUGGUGCCUCCGGUCAUCGGCUUCAGGCGGGACUGCACCUAUGGGAAUCUGGCCGCCAUGAGGCUUCCCAAGGAUGUCCAGGGACUUGGAUCCUGCGAGUACACUAUGGAGCGGGGCAUCGUGCACGCCUGCCAUGCCGGAGGCAUCGUCCAUUGCCUGGAAGGUUGGACGCAUCAUGAGGUCGGAGCCAUUGACGUUGACCGCAUCGAUGUGGUGUGGAACGCCGCAUUGAAGCAUGGCCUGCAACCAGUUUGACACAUGGAACUCAUCAUACAUAUUACAGUAUUCCUUGCUCAAGAUACAACAAGUCUAUAUAUGUAUGCAUAUAUCUAUGGCUUUCACAUAGAAAAAUCUGAAACAACAUAGUGUAAUUCUUUUUCAUGUUGGUGUGAGACUAAUCAUAAUAAUAGCAAGAAGACACUGCCUGGUCAUUAAGUUAAAA